CGCGGGCGCCGAACGACACAAAGAGCGCCCACGCUCAGUCCGGACACAUAAACUCUAUUGGCUUUCCAGUGCAGCACUGCCAACCGGACACCUCUCCAUCUUGCUCAAGCAUCUCACCUCAUUCGCACUCCUCCCCGUCUGCACUGCCUCCGCCGUUCGUGUCGCGUGUCGGAUGGCGACGUGAGACUUGCCUCCUCCACCCCAUUCCCCGCCUGCUGCUUCAUCCAUCACCAUGAAGUGGUCGAGUCUCCUUCCCACAUUGCUGGCUGCCACAGCUUGCGCAGCAGACGCUCCACGACGGAUACGCGAUUACGAGACAUUCGAUUACUAUGCAGUACACAUUCGGCCUGGGCAGGACCCCGAGACAGCCGCCAGAGAAAUCGGCCUCGAGUACGACGGGCCCCUGGGCGAGCUGGACGACCACUACAUCUUCCGCACCGCAGACCGGAAACACGAUUACGAUCACAUCACCACACUCAAGGCCGACCUCAAAAGGCGGCGGCGGAAACGAGAAGCUGGCGCCGACGCCCCACAUGUCCUCGACUCUGUGCGGCUAUCGAAGAAGCAAGAGCUGCACAAACGAUUUCCCCUCGAGAAGCGAAAUGCCCCUUCGCUAGACUACCUCAACAAGAUACUCCGACAGGGCAACUUCGGUGGGGGAGCGCAGUUUGACGAAGCCGCUGUUGCGCAGCAGAAUGAGGUGGCCUUGAACUUGAGCAUCACCGAUCCCAUAUUCAGAGAGCAAUGGCAUCUGUUCAACAAUAUUGAAGUGGGACACGACAUCAACGUCACCGGCGUGUGGAUGGAUGGCGUCACUGGAAAUGGCAGCACAGUCUGUAUCGUAGACGAUGGUCUCGAUUUCCACAGCAACGACUUGAAAGACAGCUACUUCGCCGCCGGUAGCUGGGAUUACAACGAUCCUGGGCCAGAUCCCCUCCCCAGACUCUCUGACGAUCGACACGGGACAAGAUGUGCUGGCGAGAUCUCUGCCGUGAAGAACGACGUGUGUGGUGUCGGCGUGGCAUACGGCGGACGCGUUGCUGGCGUUCGUAUCCUUAGUAAAGUCAUCUCCGACGCCGACGAAGCCGAGGCGAUGAUUUACGCGUACCAGCAAAACCACAUCUACUCGUGUUCAUGGGGCCCGCCGGAUGAUGGAACCGCGAUGGAGGCGCCUGGCAUUCUGAUCCGGAGAGCCCUGGUUCAGGGUGUGCAAAAAGGUCGUGGUGGCCUGGGCAGCAUUUACGUCUUCGCCAUUGGCAAUGGAGCCGCCAACGAUGAUAACUGCAACUUUGACGGCUACACGAAUUCCAUCUAUUCUGUCAGUGUCGGAGGCAUCGAUCGCAAAGGUCUGCACCCGUACUACAGCGAAAAGUGCUCAGCACAACUGGUCGUGACCUACUCCUCAGGCUCUGGCGAUGCCAUCCACACUACUGAUGUCGGUGCGGACAAGUGCUACGUGAAUCACGGUGGCACGUCUGCUGCUGGUCCUCUCGUCGCAGGAAUCUACGCUCUUAUGCUCGAGGUAAAUCCAAAGCUUACCUGGAGAGACUUCCAGUGGAUCACUGUCCUCAACGCUGUCAAGCUUGACCAAGGCGAUGACUGGCAAAUGAACAAGGCCAUCGGUCGCGAGUUCAGCCAUCAAUACGGUUACGGCAAGGCAGAUGCGUGGGCUUUCGUUGAGGCGGCGAAGAAUUGGACCAACGUGAAACCACAGGCAUGGUACUUCAGUCCAUGGCUGCAUGUCAAGCAAGCCAUUCCCGAAGGCCAGGAUGGAUUGGCAUCGACUUUCGAGGUGACCGAGGAGCACUUGAAGGAGGCCAACCUCGAGCGUGUCGAGCACGUAACUGUGACUAUGAACGUCAAACACACGCGCCGCGGUGAUCUGUCUGUUGACUUGAUCAGUCCAUCUGGGAUCAAAUCCGAAAUUGCUACCCAUCGUCGAAACGAUAACGCACGAAGCGGCUACGUCGACUGGACCUUCAUGACUGUGGCACACUGGGGUGAGUCGGGUGUUGGAAAAUGGACUGUCAUCGUCAAGGACACUCGCAAGAACUCCCACCAGGGCACUUUCAUUGAUUGGCACUUCAAGCUCUGGGGUGAGUCGAUCGACGGCGAGAAACAGGCUCUCCUGCCCAUGCCAACAGACCACGAUGAUGACAAUCACGAUGUCUACGUUGUCCCGACCCAAACGGCGACUGCUCACACGACAUCCGUCGCUCACCCCACCGAUGCCCACGGCGCACCGAUUGGCAACCCCACUGAUCAUCCAAACCGUCCUACGAAGCCGAAGCCUAUCGCCACCGCGCCAGCAGCGCAAGACACUCCGGGCGCAGUGGAGGGCGACGAGCCAACAUCCGUUGCAGAUGAGGACACAAACUCCUUCCUUCCGUCCAAAUGGCCGACAUUUGGGGUAUCACGCAAGACGAUUUAUUGGAUUUAUGGUGCAGCAUUCCUCAUUCUGACGUUCCUGAUGGCUCUCGCUGUCUGGAUGCUCUGUGUCCGACGUAAGCGACGCAGACUGGGAGACUUGGGCGAGUUCGAGAUGGUCGAACAGGACGAUCCAGACGAGUCGGCACCGCUCGCAGGCAAAGGCCGCGCCAGCGGCAAGCCACGUAAUAAGGGCAAAGACCUCUACAAUGCAUUCGCUGAGGGCAGCGACACAGAUGAGGCCGAGGCCUUUGAUAUCGGAACUGAUGAUGAAGAUGACCACGAGAACUUUGGCGAAGGAAGCUCGAGUGGCAACAGCAGAGGCAGCACGGACAGAGCGCAUCCGGCCAGAAAUGAAAGGUAUAGAGACGAGGACCCUGAAAAGGUCGGGCUCGACACAUGAGAUGUUUUCGAGCUUCUUCUAAGGCAUUUUUUGGUAUGUGCAUUGGCCGGCGCAUAGCAUUGCUGGCAGCAUUGGAUGGGUAUACUGUAUAUACGGGACAAUCCUGUGCAUUUUUCUUGGUGACGACCUGCUCUCAACUUCCAC